GUACACACUGGUGGAUAUCUUGCGCGCCAUACUUCUUUCCUUAGAAGCCAUGAUAGAAGACCCUGAGCUUCAAGUGAAUGGAUUUGUUUUGAUUAUAGACUGGAGCAACUUCACCUUCAAGCAAGCCUCCAAACUCACACCAAGCAUGCUUAGGUUAGCCAUAGAGGGCCUUCAGGACAGUUUUCCAGCUCGGUUUGGAGGAAUCCAUUUCGUCAAUCAGCCGUGGUAUAUCCAUGCCCUCUACACAGUUAUACGUCCCUUUUUAAAGGAGAAGACACGAAAAAGGAUAUUCCUGCAUGGUAAUAACCUCAACAGCCUGCAUCAGCUAAUACACCCUGAGAUCCUGCCGUCAGAGUUUGGAGGAAUGCUGCCCCCCUACGACAUGGGGACGUGGGCACGAACACUGCUUGACCACGAAUAUGAUGAUGACAGUGAAUGCAAUGCAGAUUCUUACAACACUCCUGCCAAGGAUAUAGAAAAGGACCUCUCUCCCAAAUCCAUGAAAAGGUCUCAGUCGGUUGUGGAUCCUGGGGUGCUGAAACGCAUGGAUAAGAAUGAAGAAGAAAACAUGCAGCCUUUGCUUUCACUUGACUAACAUGUUUCUGAGCAUCGGACACAAACUGAGGUGGAAGGCACUGCCUCUCAGCAACAAGCAGAACACUGGGAAGGAGUGUACCAGCUGGAAUCCUAUUUACUCAUAUUAAUGUAGCAUAAUGGCAGCAGGCAGCAGGUUUUACUAUUCUGCCUGAAUUCUGGAUGCCCUGGGGUGAAAAAGAAGAUGAGAAAAAAAUGGAAAAUAAAAU